AUGUGUGCCAAGGCUCACCGAUAUGACCUGAAAGAGCCACGUGCCUUUGCGCAGUUUCUUCAGGAUGCAGACAUCCGAUUGAUCAGAGCAAAGUAUCUUCAUGACUUGGCCCAAUCCAAGCGGCCGCUUCCGCAGCGACAAGAAGCGGAGCUUUGCAACUUUGAAUUUGAUGGCAAGGCCGAAAGUGCCUUAGUCAGCCACGCAGAAGUGCAGAAUUGGGCAGCAGGAGCCCGGACUGCGACCAUUUGCUUGGUUUCACAUGCAUGGGAGACUCGGGAGCACCCCGACCCUUGCAGAUAUCAACUACAGCUUAUUGCUGAUCGCGCUGCGUGGUAUGAAGCUGCUUUUGAAACUGAUGCUUUGGCCACGAGUCAAAUCGUGAGUCUCGAGCUCCGAAAUCCACGGCCUCAAAGCGGAGCCUUCAUGGGCAAGGCUGUGGUUGAUGCCUUGACAACAAACCAGUCGUUGACAAGCAUCAGUGCAGAGGACGAGGAACAGAUCCAUCAAGGACAGGCUGCCGCUCGACGCACCGGUUCGUCUCAAGGCCGGCUGCGACGUUGCCGAGCGCCGGUGAUCAACAUGUGGCGACAGCGGGACCAACAGGUGGUGGCUGACGCCUUGGAGAGGAACUCCCUGGUGACCAGCGUCACCGUUGACCCCGCAGAUGAUCAGAUCGACGACCAAGGGGCCAAGGCGGUCGCCCAACUGUUGAAGAAUGGCAGUCCUGUAGAGAGCAUCGACUUGGGCAACACCUGCAUUUCCGACGACGGAGUCCAGGCGCUUGCAGAGGCUCUGCGCUACAACCGGACCUUGGAGGUGCUGUGCCUUCACGGGGAUCAAAUCACCGACGUCGGCGCAAAGGCUUUGGCCAAAGCCUUGGAGGCCAACAAGACCCUGAGAAGUCUAACUCUGGACGGGUUCUACGAGGCCCUCGGGACGGUGGAAGAAAUGAAGAGAGGUCGAGGAGACGAUUUCCGAUUCAUUUCGACAGACGAAAAGGAAGCCGAACGGUGCCACGGGGACAUUUUUCGGGCAGUCGACGACGGCAACGUCGGUGCGGUGCGGCACCUGCUGCGCAUGGAGCCCGGCUCCGUGCAGCAGACGGACUUCUUUGGCGACACUCCGCUGGACAAUGCAGCGCGCGCUGGCAGCGCAGAGGUGGUGGAGCUGCUGCUCGCGGCCAAUGCACCGGUGGAUGUGCAAAAAAAUUUCGGCCGGCGGCCUCAGUUCGGACACGACUCGUUUGGCUUCUAUUAG